UUCCCCUGGAGACUUGGCUAGAGGGUGACGGAGUUUCUCACAGCUGUAUAUUGUGAACAAAAAGAGUCGGGAAUUUUGGUGGCAUCCUCGAUGGUGAUUGUAAUCAUUUAAUAUCUAAGUAAUCUGAAGUUGUAAAGUGAUUGUUCAGGAUGAGUGGGAAUAUGCCAGAGCUUGGCUCCAAGAUAAGCCUUAUUUCGAAGGCGGAUAUCCGAUAUGAGGGCCGAUUAUUCACCGUAGAUCCCAACGAAUGCACCAUAGCGCUAGCAAAUGUGCGCUCCUUUGGGACGGAGGAUCGUGAGACGCAAUUCCCAAUUGCUGCACAGAAUCAAGUGUACGACUACAUCCUCUUCCGUGGGUCGGACAUUAAGGAUAUUCGGGUGUGCAAUAGCGCCCCAAUACCCAAUGAUCCGGCCAUCAUGCAGAUGCACUUGCCGCCGCAGAUGGGGCAGCAACCCUUCCAGCCGCCGCACUUCCCAAUGGGACUGGGUCAUCCGAUGGGGGCUCCGCCGCAGAUGGGGCAAUUUGGACCGUACGGUAUGCCGAUGGGGGGUGUGGGUGGGGGUGCGGGCAGUCAGAAUCUCGCACCGGGGCCCAAUAUGCCGGGCGUGGCGAAUACGGGGGGGUUGCAGAAGCAGAAACAGAGUGAUUUGAAUGUGGCCAUUCCGGAGCCCGGUGAUUUCAACAAAGGAGGUGAACAAGCUGCAGCAUCAAUGCUGGAAUUUAUUGGAGCAGCUGCGGGGUCACGAUCGACCACACCGCAGAGUCUCGUGUCACGGAAGAGUCCAACAAUGGAUAUGGGCGUGCAGGUGAAUCAGCCAAUUGGGCGCAAUGAUGCCAAUAAGCGUCCAAUGGAGCGCAGUGGUGGCAAUGCGGGGGCACAGAAUCAGAAUCAGGGGAAGAACACGAAUCAACGGGAACGUCGUGAUUCGGGGAAGAAUGCUGCGCCCAAUAAUCAGGAUAAUCAGACUCAAGGGGGCGCCGAGAGACCGAAGCAGUAUCAGAAUAAGUUCUUCCAGCAGCGGCAGCAAAAUCAAGGGGGGCCGCCAUCAGAGAGAAAUCAACGAGAGGUGCGCGAUGUGCAGAAUAAUCAGCCCCAGCAAUCACGUUGGAUGCAGCGUGGUGGGCAAAUGCGCGGUGGACGUGGGCGGAUGAAUCGCGGUGGACCAAAUCAGCACAACAACUUCCGACAGCAGGGCGGUGCAAGUGGUGGGCCAAAUGUGAAGGCACGCACCGGCAAGUCCAUCAAGUUUGACAGCGAUUAUGAUUUUGAGCAGGCUAACAACAAAUUCGAGGAGCUACGGUCGCAAUUGGCAAAACUCAAGGUGGGCGAAGAAGCCAAACCUGAACAGCAGGUAAAUGGAGAGAGCGACAAAAAAGAUGAUUCUGGCAAUGAGACAGGUGCUGGAGAGCAGGAAAUUGAGGAGGAUGCCGAAAUAACUGUUGGUUAUGAUAAAACAAAAUCAUUCUUCGAUAAUAUUUCGUGCGAAGCAGCCACGGAUCGUUCCAAGGGGAAGAAUCGUACGGAUUGGCGCCAGGAGCGUAAAUUGAACAGCGAGACUUUCGGGGUUUCCUCAACGAGGCGAGGAGGAUUCCGAGGACGAGGCGGAGGCUACUACAACCGUGGUCCCAAUAUGGGAAUGGGUGGUAGUGGAUACCGCGGUGGGCAUUUCCGAUCGAACAACUACCGCGGCAACCGCAAUAUGCGACAGGGUGGCAAUCAAUCGACCGGAGUGCCCCAAAAGCAGCCGUCUCAAACGUCUUCGGCCACGCCAUCAGCUGCUCAAUAAUGAAGAAAAAAUUGCACAGAAGAUCUCAAUGAGGAGAAGUGAAAAAAAAAAUGGGUAUUUUAUAAAUUUGCAGACCAAUUCCUCCUCCUUGUUCCCAAAUUGAGAGAGAAAUGAAAGUAAAGGAUAAAGGGAGACAGAGAGAGAGAGAGAGAGAGAUUAACAAAGAGGAAGAAAUGGAGAUUAACAAUGAAGCAAAACAAAAAGGAUAUUCUUGCAGGACAAAUGAAUUUAAUUAAUAAAAAAAAGGGGAAAUUUUGAUAUAUGAGGAAAAAUUAAAAAGGGAGAGUGUUUAGGAAAAGAAAGAAGUAUGAAGGUUUGAAUUAUUAUUAUUAUAAAGAAAAAAAUAUUGUGCGAAGGGGGAAAAAGGAAAAUUUGUGCAAAAAAUUGGGAAGAAGUUUUUUUCGGCGUGACUAAUUUAUAAAUGAAUAAUUGAAAAGGAUAAAAAAAAUAGAGAGAAAAUAGGAUUUAAGUAAGAAUGCAAAAGUAAACGAAAGAAAAAGGAAAAUAAGAUGUAUAUUUAAAUUAUAAUGGGAGCGCGCUGAAGAGAGAAAAGGAGAAACAAUGAAAUGUCUAAAAGGAUAAGAAAGCAUGGGGUUUAAGGACGUUUAACUUGAAAUCACACACACACACAAUAAUUAGAUUAACUCUUUUGAAUAUAAUGAAUGUGUAAUUUUUUGUACCCUUUUAAAUGAAAAAAAAAAAUAAGAAUUCUAUAUUAAAAAAAAAUCUUCUAAACAAAUUAAAGAAAAGAAAAAUAGAUUAAUAGAAACUUUGCAUGAUUAAAUGCUAAUGAAAAAAAUGUGAAAUGGUGGCGAUUAAAAUUUUUCCUUUUAUUUUCCAAAAGAAAAAAAAUUGGGGAAAACUUUAGCAGAGAAAGUCUAGAAAUUGUAAAAUUGCAAAUUGAUUUAUAGAAAAAGAAAAUAAAUAAAGACUGUAAAAAAAACAAGUUCAGCAUAAGGCAGAAAAAAUUGAAAACUAGAAGAGAAAAUUAAAAAAAAAAAUUCUUUCCUGGAGAAAACUAAAAGAAAUAAACAAUUUUAGGGGGUUGUAGAAUGAUGAAAAUUAACAGAAGUUUAUCGAGUAGAAUGAAAAUAUUCCUCAAAGGAUUUAAUUUGUCACAGAAAAAAUUCUUUUGAGGAUAAUUCCAUCCAAGAAUCUUUUUUUUUUAUUUUCACAAAUUACCCAAAAUAUUGUUUAAGAAGAUUUUUCUUUUCAAUUUCUUUCUUGUUUUUUUCAAGACAAAACAAUUAGCAGCAUUAAUAAAGCAAUUGUAUCUAUAAAAAAAUAAAAAAACAUGUGAAAGAAAUUUAAAAAAAACAUGCUAUUGCUUGGGAAUUGCUGACGAAGCAUGCAAGAAGAAUUAUGAUAAAAUUGUCUAAAAGAAUGUAAAUUCAUUGGCAAAAAAGGCAUGAAUAAAACAAAAUAUUUUUUUCAUUUACAA